GGGCAGGCACCCAGCUCGACCUCGUCUGACCGCAACGGGAAUACCGGGGACAUCAUCGGAGUUCGAAAGGCUCAAACACACCUUUUCUGCAACAAAAGACCCUUCAAAAUGCCGUCGCAACGCCCCUUCUUCCUCUCUACCUUCUUCGCCUCCUUCCGACAAACGUCAAACCCCAUUUCCCAACAACCCAAUAAGCAUACCUCCCAGACCACGCCAUCCUCUUCCGCUGCCUAUACCACGCAGCAACAGUCUAACGCAUCCACAUCUGCAUCCGCACCGCGGGCAGUCUCCACUAACGCCCACCCCGGCACCUCCUCGUCGUCUCGCUCUGGAGGUGUCGUCAGCCAGCUUCCGCUCCACUCGCCCCGGGGCACGGCGGGGCCCAGCAGCCCCCGUGGAGUUCCCAUCCCCGGGUCGCCGCCAGGUCGACGGCGCGGCAGCGACAGCUCCAGCGAGGGAUUCCGGGAGGUCUUAGGAUCGGAUAAAUGGUAUAUCGGCGGGCGGACGGCGACCGGAGAGGAGCGGUUCUUCAAACUUGGCGUCGUGAGGCGCGUUCGAAGUAACGAUGGCUUGAGCUUGGACCGCCUUAGUUUAUAGGACGAGGGCGAUGACGAUGACGACGAUUAGCAUGGGAUGGGAUGGGUCGGGUCGGGACACUGGGCCGGGUUGCCUGGACACGCACAACAAACUGGGAAAUAUCAAACCGGGGGAUAUUGGGAAUC